AUACUCCUACAAAAUCAUACUACUGUAGUUUCCAAGAGGAUAGUUCUGAUAGACACAUUAGCAGCAGUCGGAUCCAACCAAGAAGACAAACAAAACCUCUGUACACCAAAUUCACCUCAAGUUCUAGCCAAAGCCAGCAACUUGUCGUCGUCGUCUCUUUCUAUCUCGAAAUACAUAUAGCUCCAUAGUUUUUCACCGAUUAAGCUCGAAUCAAUAGUUUUUACAACACUCAAUGAUUCAGUAUCAUGUCACUGAUAGAGACUUAGAAUACCUUUUCAAUUUCGUAUAAAGUUGACUAAUCGCCAAUCGGGAUAUAAUUCAGUGUUUGAGGGCUUGAAAACGUCCGACGACGGUUUUUGAACUUCUCUGAGUUGACAGAAUAGAAGGAAUAGGAGGGUAGUGAUACUGAUUGCGAUGCAUCGGCCAGUGUCAGCCAUAACCGAUCAUGGUGGACUCCCCACUGAAAGUGGAGAUACUGUUGUGACACUUGACCAAGUUCCUCGAUGGAUUGAUGAUGAUUUUAGGUAUUCUGAUGAAAUUGAAGAUCCCAGUUCACAUUUUCCAGACCCUUUAGCUUCAUCAUCUGAGGCAGAGAGUAGUGGGACAGGAAUUGUUUCAAGGUUUCCAGUUGAUCAUGAAGUUAACUCAAAGAUUUAUCUGUGGAGAGGAAACCCUUGGAAUAUGGAGGUUGAUGCUGUUGUCAAUUCCACAAAUGAGAACAUGGAUGAAGCACACUGUAGCCCUGGUUUGCAUGCUGCAUCAGGGCCUGGUCUUGCUGAAGAAUGUUCAACACUGGGUGGCUGUAGAACAGGGAUGUCUAGAGUUACCAAUGCAUAUGAUCUACCUGCAAGGAGGAUCAUACAUACUGUGGGGCCUAAAUAUGCUGUAAAAUAUCAUACAGCUGCAGAAAAUGCUUUGAGUCACUGCUAUCGUUCUUGUCUAGAACUUCUCAUUGAAAACAGACUUCAGAGCAUUGCUAUUGGCUGUAUAUACACAGAAGCAAAAUAUUAUCCGCGAGAACCAGCUGCACAUGUUGCAAUAAGAACAAUUCGCCGGUUUCUUGAGAAACAAAAGGAUAAUAUUACAGCAGUAGUUUUAUGUACAACUGCAGCAAAUGAUACAGAUAUAUAUAAAAGAUUGCUUCCACUCUACUUUCCACGCGAUAGAAAGGAGGAAAGUUUUGCAAUUAUGAAGCUUCCUGCUGAUGUUGGGGAUGAAAAUGGUGAGACUCUUAUAGAUGAAAGGAAAAUCAGAAUAAAAUCUUUACCCAAUGUGAAGAAGAGUGUUCCAAAACCUCGCCAAGCCUUGAUAGAUGUUCCUAUCAAUGAUCGUGGGUUGACCAGAAGGAACUCUUCAUCAUAUUUGGAUUCAUAUCUGGAUCCAGCUUUCAUGGUUGGUGAUGUUGGUGGGCCCCCACUUUCAGCUGCUGAAGAAUACUCACUCCAUUCUAGAUACCUUGCUAAAGCAAACUCUAGGAAUCUUUCUGAAAUAGCAGAAAUGAAGAUUGUGUAUCGAGGGGGAGUAGAUAGUGAAGGUCGCCUAGUUAUGGUUAUAGUUGGAGCACAUUUUCUUCUUCGUUGUCUUGAUCUUGACAGAUUUGUACUCUACAUAGUAAAGGAAUUUGAGCCCUUGAUACAGAAGGCGUAUAGCAUUGUUUACUUUCACUCUGCUGCAUCUUUACAAGUGCAACCAGAUCUAGGAUGGAUGAGGAAAUUACAACAAAUACUUGGUAGGAAAAGUCAGCGGAAUCUCCAUGCAAUCUAUGUCCUACAUCCAAGUUUUGGACUGAAGGCUGCAGUUUUCACAAUGCAACUCUUAGUAGACAACAUGGUGUGGAAGAAGGUUGUAUAUGUUGAGCGGCUUCUUCAUCUCUUCAAAUAUGUUCCUCGUGAACAGCUAACCAUCCCGGACUUUGUCUUCCAGCAUGACCUGGAAGUGAACGGAGGGAAAGGGCUUGUUGUGGAUCCAAGAACGAAAUAUGUAUAUAAUCGACCCGGGGGAAAGUCCGAAAAUGUGAUCAUUUAAAUUUUUGGUAAUUUUGUUCUAGAAAUUGAUUUUGGAGUUCAUUUAGAUACAUCCAUGUGAAUAGUUUUUUGGUUGUGAUGUGUUAUUUCUUUGUGUAAGAGUUGUCUUGAAUAAAUUAGGUGGUAAUUGUGUUGUGUUUGGGCAAAAUCUUGAAAGUAAUUGCAACUAUUGUUUAUCUAGAACAAGAGAAACAGUGAGGUAGGUAGAAAUGAAUUUCUGGUUAUGCGACUUAAAUAUAUCAUUAAAACUGUGGAGAAUAUGUAUUUCGAC